CUGACAGAGUCAGAGGUAAAACUCGUGGUUUGGAUGUUUAGCGCGCUCCAAAACAAACUCGGUUGCUAGUUUCCCUCUUAACCGUAUAUCUUACAGGAUCAGAUCUACUGCAUGUAACCGACUUUAGCUGGGAUAUUUUGUUUCGUUUCAUAUCCUGUUUUGUUUCUACAGAACUUCCGGCUUGUUAUUUGACAGGGUUUGGUUUGCUGCAGUUCGGGAAUAAUUAGCGGCUAACGGUUAGCUGCCUCGAGUUACUGUUCUGUUUUGUUCCGCAGGAAGCUGUAUAAUAAAUGUGCAUUCAAUACGCACUGUUGAACAAAACCUGUUCAUUUUAACAUCCUUCACACAUCCGCACAGUUUAUUCUGUAACAAUAAACCAGACAGUAUAGUGAAGUUCCUUCGCUAAUUGAGGCUAACACGGGCUAGCUGAGCUGAGCUGCUGUACUGUAGUAGAAAUGGCGGAGAGACCGGAGGACCUGAACCUGCCCAACGCUGUCAUCACCCGCAUUAUCAAAGAGGCUUUACCAGAUGGUGUAAAUGUGUCCAAAGAGGCAAGAAGAGCCAUAUCUCAAGCAGCCAGUGUAUUUGUUCUGUAUGCAACAUCAUGUGCCAACAGUUUUGCCAUGAAAGCCAAAAGGAAAACUCUAAAUGCUGGGGAUGUGAUGUCUGCUAUGGAGGAGAUGGAGUUUGAGCGUUUCUUGCCCCCUCUGCGUGAGGCUCUUGAGGCCUACAAAAAGGGCCAGAAGGGGAAAAAAGAGGCAUCGGAACAGAAACGCAAGGAUAAAGAGAAGAAGAAUGGCACAGAGGAAAAUGACAAGAGCAGAGAGGAAGAGGAGGAUGAAGAGCAAAUGGAGGAUGAGCAGGAUGGAGAGAAUGAAGGAGAGGAGGAGGAUGUGGAGAACUGAGGAGGAAUGACAGCAGUUCUGCACCAUAUUCUAGGUUAUUAAAGACACUUUAGUUGUUUGUCCACUUUGUAGAAGGUAGAGAAAACAAACAGCCAGCACUUGAUCUCUAAGGAAAAUAAAAUAAGGUGCAGAGGAUUAAAAGAUGUUGUAUUUGUCUUCUCAGCAGCAGUAUGAAGCAGUCAUCACCUACACAAGUUAGUUUAGAAAAAAGUUGUCCAUAUCGGUUUAUUUGUAGAUGGAUAUCAGACUGAGCGAGAGGUUGUACACACACGUUCUAAAAAUUCUGCUCUUUCUGUGAUUGAUGUCUGCAGGUGAAGAUGUACGGUCAGCCACACCUUUUAGUGCUUUGUCUUGGAAUAAGCUGUACUGGAAAGUCUGGCCGCACAUUCAAAAAUUCAGGGAAUGUGGAAAAUGCAUUGUUAACUUUUUUUUAUAGUUUCCUCACAAGUCAGAACUUGAUAAAUGUUAAUACUUUUGAAUAAAUUUGUACUUUUGUAGAA